GAGAGAGAGCCCCGGCAGCGCAAGCAACGAGAUCGAGCUCCCAUCGCAAGUUCUUUUUUUUUCUUCUUCUAAAGCCAAAGGCUUUUGUACUAGACAAGAUGGUCUUCAUCCUAGGCGUCAACUUCCCCGAGCGGAACCUCGUCAAGAAAUCCCUCGAGUCAUUCUUCGGCAUCGGUAACCACACCUCCUCGCGCCUCCUCGCCCGCUUCCACAUCCACCCAGCAUGCAAGGUCGGCGAACUGGGCAACAAGCAGGUCCUUGAUAUCACGGCCGCCCUGUCCGACAUGAAGAUCGAGAACGACCUCCGCAGACAAGUCAUCGACAAUAUCAAACGGUUGAAGGAAACCGGUACCUACCGUGGUCGUCGUCAUGCGCUGGGGUUGCCCGUUCGGGGACAGAACACACGAAGCCAGAUCAAGAACGCUGUCAAAUUCAACCGUAUCGAGAGACGACUUGGUUGAGGCGAUGGGUUUCUGUUUCGAUUGGCGAGUCUUGCGCUUGGCUCUUUUAUCGUGAGGGCAUGGAUUGGCGUUAUCAUUUUUUCUCUUUCUUGCUGUACUCUGUAACCUGUAUAUUUUCCACUAGAACCACCCCAAGCCCAUCUUCAAUAUCCGAUGGCAUGUAUCACAUGUAG